AUGUCACAGCUGGAAGCCCCCCCGGGUGACAGUGACGGUAGCCACAUGCAGGACAAGAGGUUCCCGCUCACUUACAUCGGCUGGUCGGUACUGGACCGCCGCACCACGCUGCCGAUGUUGCCGUGGCUGGUGGCCGAGAUCCGGCGGAGGAGCGAGCGGGGCGACUGCGGCCCCGCCAUGCAGCCUCGGGAGGUACAGUUGGUGCUCCACUGUCCCUUCCUCCGCUGCGUUCCGUGCUCCUCUUCUUCUUCAACGUCCAACAACAACUAUUCGGUAUUUAUCUUCGAGCACAAGGCGCAGCACAUCUCCCGUUUCAUGCACAACAGCAACGACCUCACCUAUUUUGCCUACCUGCUGCGGGCCCACCCUGACAAUCCCGAAGCUGAGAUGUCCUGUCACGUGUUCAAGGCCAACGACCCCAAUCAGGUGUCCGACGUGAUCAGCAGUAUUCGCCAAAUGUCUAAAUCGGCCCUCAAGGAAGACACUAAACCAAAACAGGAAGCCGACGAGGCCUUCUACAACUCUCAGAAGUUUGAAGUGCUCUAUUGUGGCAAGGUGACAGUGGGGCACAAAAAAGCUUCGUCCACGCUCAUCGACGACUGCAUCGAUAAGUUUCAGCAACAUGAAGUCAAGCGAAAGCGACUCCUUAAUGGCCAGCGAGGCUCCAUGGACAAGAUCCCUGUAGAGUUCUGUAUUGGUGUGGGAGGAGAUCCACUCUCCUCUGUUUUGAAUGAGAAGAAUGAGGACGUUGAAGCACUUGGAGAGGACAUAACCGCGGAACCCGUCAUGUCUGUCAGCAGUAGUCAGAACAACCUGAGAGGAGCAUACCCUGAGUCCAUCUUGGAAGAUUCUGGUUUUCAGGAACCCCAGGAGUUCCGAACGCGCUGCAGUAGCCUGGCGGGAAGUCUGCAGAGGAAACCCGUAGAAGGUGUCGGCUUGGACCCAGUAAGACGCAGACACGCCAGCGCUCCCAACAACGUUCAGCCGUCUGAUUCGGACAAAAACAGAACCAUGCUUUUCCAGGUCGGGCGUUUUGAAGUAAACCUGAUAAGUCCAGACAGCAAAACGGUGGUGCUGGAAAAAAACUUCAAAGACAUUUCAUCUUGUUGUCAGGCUACCAAGCAAACAGACCAUUUUGGGUUCAUUUGUCGUGACACUUCAGAAUCUGGUCCCAGCCAGUAUGUGUGCUUUGUUUUCCAAUGCGCCAGCGAGUCUCUGGUGGACGAGGUGAUGCUAACCCUGAAGCAGGCCUUCAGUACGGCAGCCUCCUUACAAAGCAAUAAGACUCCGAUCCAGUUAUGUGAGGCCUGCCCCAUGCACGACCUACACAAGCUCUGCGAACGCAUCGAAGGCCUCUACCCACCAAGAGCAAAGCUGGCCAUCCAGAAAUAUCUCUCCCAGCUGGCAGACAAUGAGCAAGUGGAGAUAUUCGAGCGAGUUCAGCGACUGAAGCCCAGUUCUGACCAAGAAGAGAACGAACUAGUGAUUUUGCAUCUUAGGCAGCUGUGUGAAAGCAAGCAGAAGACACACCUCCACAUUGGGGAGACCCCUCAACAAAACAAUUCUACAAGUGACGGUGCAGCCACGGGCAGCCGCUUUAAACUGGACAUCCUCAAAAACAAGGCUCGCUCGUCCCUCACCAGCUCUCUGGAGAACAUCCUGGCGAGGGGAGCCAGUCGGAUGCGAGGCCGUUUGGGCAGCAUGGGAAGCAUGGGAAGCAUGAGCAGCUUUGACAAACAGGAUGAAGAAUCCACAGGUGUUUCCCCGCCGGCUUCCCCGCCUCCGUUCCCAGACGAUGACCCCGAAGCGGGCCAGCAGUUCCGCAGGCGCGCUCACACCUUUAGCCACCCACCUGUGAAGAAGCGCAUCUCCUUCGACGGCCAGACGGGCAACCUGACCAAGCAGGCGCCUUUGCGCAGACAACACUCAGCCACUUUGGAAGCUCUUCAGAGCAGUCCCAGGGCCGCUUCGAGAACGCGCAGUUUAUCGGAGAGCCAGUCCUUCACCCCCCCCUCCUCCUUCUCGGCUCCCACUUUCCUGAAGAGCAUUUACCAGGGCUCGCUGGGUUCCCUGAGCUCGCUGACGGACAGUGGGAGCAUCAAGAGCGGUAAUGGCGAAGGCAGAAAGAGGACACUGUCAGGCUGCAGCAGCGACUCAGUGAGUGGAGUGCCGCCAAGCCCGCGCAAGGUUUCGUGGAGGCAAAAGAUCUUCCUGCGGGUCGCCUCGCCCAUGGGCAAGACCUCCAUGCACCAUUCAGACCAGUCAGAUGCCAGGGAGCUGUUGCCGCUCUCCCCUCGCGGCUCGCAUUCGAGCGCAGACCCUCUAAGUCGAGGAGGGGAUCGGCCAAAGAGGACGUCGGCAGACUACCGAACACUGUGGAAAACCGCCAUCCGUCAGCAAAUCUUGCUGCUGCGCAUGGAGAAGGAGAACCAGAGGCUGGAGGAAUCGAGUCGGGAUGAGCUGCACAUCCGCAAAAUGAAGCUGAGCUACCAGGAAGUGGGCCCUGACUCCCAAGAGGCGCAGGCGUUGUGGGAGAAAAAACUGACGGCACCGGGCAGGACCACGGUGCGGCAGGAUCCGGAAGCUCUGUACCGCGCUCUCUGCCAAGGUGUUCCCAAAAACCGUCGAGGCGAGGUGUGGUUGCUGCUCAGUCAUCAGCACCGCUUGUGUCGCAGACAUCCGCCGCGCCAGCCGGCCGCCGACACACCCUACAGGGAUCUGUUGAAGCAGCUCACUGCACAGCAACAUGCCAUUCUGGUGGAUUUAGGUCGGACCUUCCCCAACCUUGAGUAUUUUUCUACACAGCUGGGUGCUGGGCAACUUUCACUUUACAACCUGCUUAAAGCCUACUCUCUGCUGGACACGGAGGUGGGCUACUGUCAGGGGGUCAGCUUUGUGGCUGGCGUGCUUCUGCUUCACAUGAGCGAGGAGCAGGCCUUCGACAUGCUCAAGUUCCUCAUGUACGACCUCGGCAUUAGACGCCAGUACAAGCCCGACAUGGUCUCUCUGCAGAUUCAGAUGUACCAGCUUUCCAGGCUGCUGCACGAUUACCACCGCGACUUAUACAAUCACCUGGAGGAGUACGAAAUCUGCCCGAGCCUGUACGCCGCGCCGUGGUUCCUCACGCUGUUUGCUUCACAGUUCCCCCUCGGCUUCGUCUCCCGGAUUUUUGACUUCCUAUUCGUCCAGGGCUCAGAAGUCAUCUUCAAAGUUGCCCUGUGCCUCCUGAGCAGCCACCAGGGGGAGAUAGUAGAGUGUGACAGCUUUGAAAGCAUUGUGGAUUACCUGAAAACGACGCUUCCCAGCCUCACUCAGGCUCAGAUGGAACAGACCAUUGCCAAGGUGACAGAGAUGGACAUCUCCAAGCAGCUGCACACGUACGAGGUGGAGUACCACGUACUACAGGAUGAGGUGGCCGAAGGCGGCCCCGCGCCAGACGACUCGGAGCGCCUGGACAAGAUGGAGAAGACAAACGCUCAGCUCAAAAAACAAAACAUGGAGCUGCUAGAAAAACUUCAGGCGGCCCGGCAGAAGAUCCAAACCCUGGAAACUAACGUGGAGAACUUCCUGUCCCGCGAAAGCAAAAUGAAGCACAUGAUCCGCACGCUGGAGCAGGAAAGGGCGGCGCAACAGAAGACUAUCGAGCGCAUGCGCUCGUGCCUCCCGCCUGACGCUUUUGGCAAUGUAGAGAUGACCCACAUCAAGUCGGCGUCGUCGUCACCCGACGCGAAAACCAAAGCUGGUGCCAAGAAGCCUUAA